AUGAUGGGGGUUCAGUUGGCGUGUUUAUUGUAUAUCACUUUUGGCGGUGCUUUCUACGGCUACGACUUCGGAAUCAUAUCCUGCGUUCUGGGCUAUUCAGAGUUCAUCACCUACUAUGGGUUUACUCCUACCACCAUCGGCGCGUUCAAUUCGGCCUAUUAUGCAGCCUGUGCUGCAGGUACAGCUAUGAACGUGUGGCUACCAAACAAGUAUGGACGUCUGUGGACGAUCCGCAUUGGCUGUUUGAUCUCUGUCGUCGGCAUUACCUUGCAGACCGCGGCAGUCAACUUUCCCAUGCUCCUGGUUGGAAGAAUCAUUGGAGGGAUUGCUACUGGCAUCAUCUUUGGCAUUUGUCCAGUCUAUGCCAGCGAGAUCUCCCCGCCUAAUAUACGUGGCAGGGUUGGUGCUCUUUAUGCGCUCAACAUCUCCCUCGCAAACUGCCUGACCACGUGGAUCGGGCUGGGUCUCUAUUUUAUCCCCGGACAUGCCGCAUUCCGCAUUCUCUUUGGCUUCCAGCUCCUUCCCGGGGCAUGCAUGCUUGCCGGAUCACCCUGGAUGCCUGAAUCACCAAGAUGGCUAGCAUUGACCGACCGAUAUGACGAGUGUCUUGCCGUUCUCAAGCGGAUUCACGGUAACGAGAACGACGAAUCUGAUUCUUUCUACGCUCGGGAAUUCCACCAAAUCAGGGCUCAGAUCGAACUCGAGAAGAGCGAGCGUGUGUCAAUCAUGGACAUCAUCAGGAAGGCGUCAUAUCGCCGCCGAGUAGUCCUCAUCAUGGCAUUCUACUUCUUUCAGCAGGCCACCGGCAUCCUUCCUCAAUCUGUAUAUCAAGUGCAAAUUUAUUCGCUGCUGAAAACCACCGCGGUGAUGUCCCUUGUCCUUGUUGGUGUCUGGGGCGCUGUCUCCAUCUUUGCAGUGCUCAGUCUAGGAUUCUGGUUCGAUCGAAUUGGCCGCCGAAACGCCCUGUUCCUCUCGUACGCAAUCAUGAUCCCGGCCUCCAUUAUCAUUGUCGGAGUUUGGGCGGCAUUUGAGCAGUCUGGAAACACAAACUUGGGAUUGGCAAAGGGCAUCAAUGUUGGCAUCUACCUCACGGUGUUUGGCUACUCGGCCAUCAUGAAUACCUUUGGCACCACUUAUGCAUCAGAAAUCAUGCCGACCAAGAUCCGAGCCACUGGCGUCGCCUGCGGCUAUAUCGUCUUCAACUGCAUGGGCGUCCUCAUGACUCAGACCGCUCCCCUCGCCAUCGCGGCCAUGACUUGGAAAUACUUCAUCAUCUGGCUGGUUCUCGACUGCGUCUACGUCGUCAUCGUGUACUUCUUCUAUCCAGAGACGAAGAACAGGACCCUCGAAGAGCUUGCGGGCGUGUUUGGAGACAAGGUUGCUGAAUCCUGGGAGGAGACCAAGCAGUAUAUUGACGGCACACGUGGAUUCGAAUCCCCUGCUGCAGAUGAGAAGGAGGGCGAUCUCGAAGCAAGGGUAAAGGCUCCCCAGCACAUUGAGACGGCAAUAGACUCAGAUCUUCGAGGAUCCUAA